CUGUCAAUACAACAGUGAAAUGACAAGAGAAAAAUAAAUUGAUAUUUUACAUCUUUUCGCUCUGUUUAUCUUUAUAAGGAAAUUAGGGGCAUAUAUCAGAACUUUUCUAUUUUCUCCAAUAACAUUCCACCAUGAACUACUAGUGGAGGUAAUCUUGAAGUGAGGGUUCCAGCAUGGGAUCUGUCUGGAAACGACUUCAGAGAGUGAAUAAACGUGCGGCAAAGUUUCAGUUCACGGUGUCAUAUCAUCAGCUCGCAGUAGAAUUCACCUCAAAAUGGCAACCCCACAAACUGUCAUUGGUAUGGUCACGUAGGUCUCGCAGGGUGGCUUCCGCCCCAAUGGCAUGGGAGCCCACUCUUCAAAAUGCUUACAAGGGUUUAGUGGUUUGGCCCGUGCCAGAAAAUCAUCAAGUAGCUAUUACUUUAUUUAGGGAUCCUAGAACUUCGGAGUUAGAAGAUAAAGAAUGGUCAUUUAUUAUAGAAGAUGUCCCAACGACCGGAAAAAGACGACAACUUGCCGUUGCACAUGUCAAUAUGCGAAAGUAUGCCAGCAUCGAAUCAACUCACUCAGAAUUACAAAUAUCGUUUAAGACUACAACAAAGAAAAUUACUUCCGCCAAACUUGACUGCACUCUAUCUUGCGUUCUUUUACGAGAAGGAAAAGCGACGGAUGAAGAUAUGCAGUCAAUGGCGUCUCUAAUGUCUGUAAAUAAUAACAGCGAUGAUAUUGCCGCAUUAGAAGAUGUAGAAGACGACGAUUUCUCUCUAUGUCAGAACGAUAAUUCGGUCAAAAGCAGUAUUAACGAAGUGACCCAACAUUUACAACAAAUGACAAAUAGUUUGUCCGGGUCUGAUUUCGCGAGUACUCCAAUUAGUGUUGCAAGUAUUCAAUCGUUUUCCCGAGACGAUAAAACUCCGACAGCCGAGAAUUUUUCACCGAUUUCGGAAAAGCCCAAAGUUUCCGGGGUUCCACCACCUAGAUUUAGCGAUUUUGCCGAGGAUGAUGUCGACCCGUACUCAGAACAAUGUACUGAAUUGUUAGACAAGUUAGAUGCGUUAGAGGAAGAUGGAGAGAGUGAGAGUGUGACGAGACCUAAAAGUGUAAAUUUGAAAUUAAAACCUUUAGAAUUGAAGGAACAUAUUGAUUUACCAAAGAAUCAACCACAAAAAUUGACAACUCCAGGUCAAGAUUUACUGGAGUGGUGUAAAGAAAUGACGAAACAUUAUCCUGGAGUUAAGGUUACGAAUUUGACGACGAGUUGGAGGAACGGAAUGGCGUUUUGUGCCCUUAUACAUCAUUUUGAACCGAACUUAAUUGACUUCAAUUCUCUUUCACCCCACGAUGUGAAAGGAAAUUGUAAGAUAGCGUUCGAUGCCGGUGAUAAGUUAGGAAUACCGAGGGUGAUUGAACCUACUGAUAUGCAUAUGUUGGCAGUACCUGAUAAGUUGGCAGUAAUGACUUACUUGCACCAGCUGAGGGCACACUUCACGGGUCAUCAAUUAGAGGUGCAACAAAUCGGUAAAACUUCCGAGGAAAGUAAUUAUGUCAUUGGGAAAUUCAACACUGAUAAAGAUACAGAUAUUACAAAACAAGUUUUUGGUCAAGAGAUUAUUAAUUUAAGGAAAGCGAAGCAGAAUCAACAGUUAAAUAAAUCACAAGAUUCUAAAAAAGAGAAAGAGUUAAAUCAGACAAAUAAGGAAAUUAGUCAACAUCAAGAUAUGAAAAUCGCCGCAUCGAAAUUACAGCUUCCGUUGAAAAUCACCAAUGAGCCUGCAGAAACUCCAAAAGAAUCCAAAGAAAAAUCCCCGACUGUUGUUAAAGACAUGAAAGACAUUAUUUUGUUUGGCUCUAAAAGCAUUAUGAGUAAAGUAAUGUCUUCGCCUUCGAAAGACAAAAUUCAGGUCAAGAAGCCGGAAGUAAAAAAACCGCUUUUAAUGACACGGAGAGAACUCACAGAUCCUUUCGGAUCUGAUGAUGAGGAAGAAGUUACUGAUAAUAAAGUCAUCAAUAGCAAAGUACCUGAAGCCGAUGAGAUGAACGGAUCUGGCGAUCAUAAAAUUAAAGAUAAGGAAAAGGAAAAUCAGAAUGAUGUGUUUUCGGAUCUUCCCAAGCCGAACGCGGUUUGGCUUGCAAUUAAAAUGUUUUUGACGCGUGUGCAGCAAAUACUUAUGCGGCAUUCAGAGCAAAGAGAACGUGCCAGGCAGUUGCUUGAACAGGCCAGAAAAGACGCUUCCAUCACCACUUCCCCUACUAGGUCUGAAGAAGAAAGACAAGCGCAACUGCGUGAAAGAGCAAGGAAAAUACUGGCCGAAGCACGGAGAGGUUCUACGCCACAAACUGAGAUUAUUCGGCUGAGUCCAGACUCGGUUAAAAACUUUUUAGAAAAUGAAGAGAAGAGUUUGAAUGAAGGGAAUGCAAAUUUUGAACGUCAAAAUAGCACCGGAAUGUUUACAGGUUCUGAAAAGAACGGUAAUGUCUAUUCUCGUAAGGAUAAUUCGGAAGGGAAUUCAGAAAGAUCUAGUCCUAGUAGUAGAGAAAGGAUUACUCCAGAUAAGUUACCAGACGAAUUAGGGUUAAAAGAAAUGGGUAUUGAUGUACAUAAUUGGAUUGAUAAAGAAAUGGAAGAUUUAGAGCGCGAGCAAAGUGCCAUAGAUGAACAGGCGGCUGUUCUAGAAAAACAGUUGCGACUAGUAAUGGAAUCUGCAAAUAGUAAUGGAGAGGAGGAGGAAGCUCUUAUGGCCAAAUGGUUUAUGUUUGUUAAUAAGAAAAACGCUUUACUUAGAAGGCAAAUGCAACUUAACAUAUUAGAGAAAGAAGCCGAUCUAGAGACGAAAUAUAAACUGUUAAAUAAAGAAUUGCAGAAGAUCGCAUCGAUCGAAGAUUGGAGAAAAACGGAAGAGCAAAGAAAUCGCGAGCAAAUGUUGUUAGAUGAACUUGUGCAAAUAGUUAAUAAACGAGAUGAGCUCGUUCAUCAUUUGGACAAUCAAGAAAAAGCAAUCGAAGAAGACGAUUUAAUAGAACAAGAUUUAUCACAGUUAGACUUACAACCGAAGGAAAAAUGCGUAAUUCAGUAAUUAAUUUGAUAUUUAAAAAUUAUAAGUUUCUUAGUUUUGAAAAACACCUACAAAUUAUUUUGUAAUUUUCGUCAAAACUGCUUCAAAUUACAAAUAUGAAAUGGUGCUUUUAUGUGAUAUUUUAUUUAGAAUUAAUAAGCAAUAGAAAAGAAAGCUUCUCUGAUUUAACGAUGUUUACGAAAUAAUUUGUUUAAUCUCGAAUAACUAAUUUUUUGUUGUAAAUUAUUAAUUCAUUAUUUUAAUGAAUGUUUUUAUUUUAAUAAAAAGACAAUUUUGUUUUCUGAUACGAUUCAAAAACAUUUGCGAGUAUUUAAGUCAUAUUUAUUUAAUUGUUGUAAAUGUAAGAAACACAUUUCACUAAGGAUUGGAUAAUCCGAAUUAAAUGAUCUAAAUGGGCUGUAAACUACGCCAUCCACGUGGUAGUGCAAUAUAAUAAGAGACAUUUUUUUUGCUACGUUUGAUUAGGAUUGUAGCAUGGCUUUAGUUAAAAAGCGAUUAUAUUGGUGGUCAUAUUUUAAUGGUCAUGCAUUCUAAUAUUUAUAUUUACAAACUUGGUUGUAACAAUCGUUGGAUGUGAAUAGAUUACGCUAUGUGUACACUUGUACGUAAUUACGUGAUUUGUGUUUACCUAUCGUCCUACCAUUAGCUUAAAAUUAGCAUUAGUGGUUGUAAAAUAACUUUUUUUAUUGAUGUAUAUUUAUUUAUAAGGUAAUUGAUUAAUUAAGUUAAUGUAAAUAAACUUCAAACUACU